AUGCUCUCGGCCCUGCGCGAGAUCUGCGCCGACUGCGCGUCGCGCUCGGUGCGGGUCAUUGUCGACGCCGAGUCGCAGCACUUCCAGCACGGCAUCGCGCUGACCACGCUGCAGCUGAUGCGCGAGUUCAACCGCGGCGGCGGCGAGAAGGGCGCCAAGACGACGACGGCGGCGGCGACAGUGUACAACACGUACCAGGCGUAUCUGAAGGCCACGCCGGCUCUGGUGGAGGAGCACAUGCGCGCCGCGCACGAGGAAGGGUUCACGCUGGGGCUGAAGCUCGUGCGCGGGGCGUACAUCCUCUCCGACGACCGCAGGCUGAUCCACGACACCAAGCAGGACACGGACGAUGCGUAUAAUGCCAUUGCCCGGGGUGCGCUGGAGCGCUCGUUUGGGGCCUUUGGGGACGACGGCGCAAGUGCAGCUGGGAAGGGUCACAAAAAGUACCCCUUCCCAUCGACCAACCUGCUGCUGGCGAGUCACAAUCGUGCGAGUGUGUUUGCCGCGUACGAGUUGCACCGGCAGCGGGUCGCGGCUGGCUUGCCAACAGUCCCGGUGGCCUUUGGUCAAUUGCACGGCAUGUCGGACGAAGUCAGUUUCGGCUUGCUUGAGCAUGGACGAACUCUGGGAGCACAAGCUGCGAGUGCCUCGCCCAGAGCUGUCGCGAUGGAUGGCGGUGCCGGGGGCAGUGAUCUGGCUUAUGACUCGGCCAAAGGGAAUGGGCAACCGUAUCCCCCGGCUGGCGAUGGCAAUGCGGUCAUUAUGACACCCGAUGUCUUCAAGUGCACGACAUGGGGCAGCAUGAGUGAAUGCAUUGCGUACCUCGUACGCAGGGCUGUCGAGAACCGCGAUGCGGUCCUACGGACGAGCGACGAGUACACCGCGCUCAAGAAUGAGUUGUGGCAGCGGUUGUUCACAUGGAAAUAA